GUUUCCCCUGAAUUUAUGUGUCCCCACGUCAGUCUUCUUUGCACUCGGUGAUGCUCCAUUUAUUUUCGUCAAAAGAACGUCAUUGAUGUUUCAACAACCUUCGUUUAUCGGAGGUUAUAAUAAGUGCGCCAUUUUCGGAUUAUUCUACCGAGUUUUCCCAUUUACUUUUCGCACUAUAGUUUCUGUUAUAUCCAGCGAUCUUUCAUUUCAAAAGCUUCAUGUUUUUUCUAGUAUAGGGGUAGUGGCCAAGAUCAGUAUGCUGUGUACAAAGGUACAUCGGAUUCCCGACUGGUUUUUUUGUUAUUCUUUGAGUUUGAUUUCUAUGCUUAUGUGUUAAAACCCUAGUGUAUUUAUUGUGUUUUUUCGAGUAUCUUGUUCUAUAGUAGAUUGCGAAACUUCGUGUGUCUGUGUUAACGGUGUCUACUUAGGGCUUUGAAAUAUGAUUAGCAACUUGAAUGUAUUGUCGAAAAUCCAAGUUGAACCCAAUUAAAGGUUUUCAUCAAGUUGACAUAAAUGGAUCCGAGAUUUGGUAGAAUUUAUACUUCCUCAGAUGAAAACGGGAAUGGAAAUGGACGAAGUAUACCUGUUUUUCGGGACAAUAAGAAAUUAAAUAAUGGUCCUAUGUUUGAGAAUAGCUUCUCAAGUUAUGUUCCAGUCAAUGAAGGUAGUAGGUAUCGAGAUUCCAUUUACAGUCAAAACUUCAGAGGAUUACAUGUUCCCCCUUUAAACAAUCUUCCUGUGCCUAGUAUGACUCCAAGUCCUGAAGAUGAGCUUCAUGAAGAUUGCGAUUUAUCAGAUGCAAUUUUGGGAUAUAUUACUCAGGUACUCAUGGAAGAAGACAUGGAAGAUAGAUCUUGCAUGCUUCAAGAGUCUUUAGAUCUUCAAGCUGCAGAGAAACCCUUCUAUGAAGUUCUCGGCAAGAAGUAUCCUCCAUCACCACCCCCAUGGACUUCAUCCUCCUCUGAAGGUGGUUUGACUUCUGUUGACCACCAUAGAGAAAGCCUAGUUGGUUUCCCCUUCUCAACUCAAAACAAUUACAGUGGUUACUUACAUGAUGCUACAAAUCUACACAAUCUUGGACCUCAAAAUGUAUCAUACACAACAUCGUUUGGAUCUACAAGCAGUGUAAAUUAUAACGUUGACAGGGGUUUGGGUUUGGAUUUGGAUUCUCCUGCAAGCACUUCUGAUCAUUGUCACGAGAGUCAAAUGGCAUGGCAGUUUAAAAAGGGCGUUGAAGAAGCAAACAAGUUCCUUCCUUUUACCAACAAAUUGAUUGUUUCUUCUAAUGGAGACGUGUCACUAUCAUCAACAGUGUCCAGAGUAAGAAAGAAUCCUUUUGGGGAAGAUGCAACAGAUUUAGGACAACAAGAAAGGAAUAUCAAACAGGCAGCCAUUUUUCCUGAUUCCACUUUAAGAUCCAAAGAGCUUGACUUGAUUUUUCUGUCAAGUAUGGGAGAAGGUAAGGUUGCUUUAGACUCAUUUCGUGACACUUUACGUGUAGAAAAAUGUAAAGACACAUUAAAAGAUUGUGAAGAUACAAGUUUAAAUCAAGGGAAAGGAAAGAAAGGCAAAAGCAAAAGUCGUGGGAGGAAACAAAACAGGAAAAAAGAAGUGAUAGAUUUGAGAACCCUUUUGAUUACUUGUGCACAAGCUGUUGCAUCUGAUGAUAGAAGAAAAGCAAAUGAUCUUCUGAAACAAAUCAGACAACACGCGUCUCCUUUUGGUGAUGGAACUCAAAGGUUAGCUCACUGUUUUGCAGAUGGUCUUGAAGCACGUUUGGCUGGAAAUGGAAGUCAAAUCCAUAAAGCAUUAGUCAGCAAGAAAACAUGUGCUGCUGAUUAUAUAAAAGCUUACCAUUUGUACAUGGCAUCUUCCCCUUUCAGAAAGAUUUCAAAUUUUGCUUCCAACAGAACAAUCAUGGAUAAAUCAGCAAACGCCUCAAGAGUACACAUCAUUGAUUUUGGUAUUCUUUAUGGGUUUCAAUGGCCUACUUUUAUUCAACGUAUUUCAGAAAGAGAAGGUGGGCCACCUAGGGUUAAGAUAACUGGUAUCGAGUUUCCACAACCUGGGUUUCGUCCAGCUCAGCGAAUUGAAGAGACAGGUCAGCGGUUGAAAGCGUAUGCCAAGUCAUUCAAUGUGGAAUUCGAGUAUUUUCCCAUUGCUAAGAGAUGGGAAAAUGUUAGAGUUGAAGAUUUGAUGCUUGAUGAAGGUGAGUUUUUGGUAGUGAACUGUAUGUAUCGAGCUAAAAACUUGCUUGAUGAAACAGUGGUUGUGGAUAGUGCAAGAAAUGUUGUUUUGAAUCUGAUAAAGAAGAUAAACCCUGAUAUUUUCAUCCAUGGAAUCCUAAACGGGUCCUACAACGCCCCGUUUUUCUUGACCCGUUUUCGUGAAGCUCUUUUUCAUUUUUCAGCUUUAUUUGAUAUGCUUGAGACGAAUGUGCCACGUGAGAACCCUGAAAGGGCGUUGCUUGAAAGAGAGAUUUUUGGGAGAGAAGCUUUGAAUGUGAUUGCAUGUGAAGGCUGGGAAAGGAGUGAGAGACCUGAGACUUAUAAGCAGUGGCAUGUUCGUAAUUUGAGGGUCGGUUUAAUUCCGGUUCCUUUUUCCCGGUUUAUUAUAAACCGGGGGAGGGAGAAAGUCGGUUUAUAUCAUAAAGAUUUCUUGAUAGAUGAAGACAACAACUGGCUUUUGCAGGGGUGGAAAGGAAGAAUUGUUUAUGCUAUUUCUUGUUGGAAACCUGCUUAAGUGUUGAUGGAACUCAGUUCAAGGUUUGUUGUUGUUAAUUACUAAUUAGAGAUGAAUAUUUUUGUAAGCAUGUUGUUGGCUUCUUUUUACAUUUUUUUUUAUAAAAUGUAGCUAGCUGCAUUUGAUUGAAUUUUACUUAACCUGCUUGGUGUUAAUGAAUGCUUAACUAACUCCA